AUGUGCCCGGAGGAGGGCGGCGCGGCUGGGCUGGGCGAGCUCCGUUCCUGGUGGGAAGUCCCGGCCAUCGCGCACUUCUGCUCGCUCUUUCGCACAGCGUUCCGCCUGCCGGACUUUGAGAUCGAAGAGUUAGAAGCAGCUCUUCAUAGAGAUGACGUGGAGUUUAUCAGUGACCUGAUCGCCUGCCUGCUUCAGGGCUGCUAUCAACGAAGAGAUAUCACGCCACAGACAUUCCACAGCUACCUAGAGGACAUCAUCAACUAUCGCUGGGAGCUGGAAGAAGGGAAACCUAACCCAUUGAGAGAAGCAAGUUUCCAAGAACUGCCUCUUCGCACUCGUGUGGAGAUCCUACACCGCCUAUGUGAUUAUCGGCUAGAUGCAGAUGAUGUCUUUGAUCUUCUCAAGGGUCUGGAUGCAGAUAGUCUCCGUGUGGAACCACUGGGUGAAGACAAUUCUGGAGCACUGUAUUGGUAUUUCUAUGGAACACGAAUGUACAAGGAAGACCCUGUACAAGGAAAAUCCAAUGGAGAACUCUCUCUGAGCAGAGAAACUGAAGGACAGAGAAAUGUGUCAAAUGUUCCUGGAAAAACAGGAAAAAGAAGAGGAAGACCCCCCAAACGGAAAAAAGUUCAAGAGGAGAUUACAGUGAGUGAAAAGCAAGAAGAAAACUCCUUAGCAUCUGAGCCGCAGAAAAGAAAUGGGUCCCAAGGGCCAGGCCAAGGAACAUGGUGGCUCCUUUGCCAAACAGAAGAAGAAUGGAGACAGGUCACUGAGAGCUUUAGAGAGAGGACCUCCCUACGAGAAAGGCAGCUCUACAAGCUCCUCAGUGAGGACUUCCUGCCUGAGAUUUGCAACAUGAUUGCUCAGAAGGAGAAGGAAACUCCUGUGCUUACCAGAAUAGAAAAACAAAAGCUCAAAGAGGAGGAAGAAGAACGUCAAAUACUUCUAGCAGUGCAGAAGAAGGAGCAGGAACAGAUGCUAAAGGAAGAGAGGAAGCGGGAGUUAGAAGAAAAGGUCAAGGCUGUGGAAGAUCGAGCUAAGAGGAGGAAGCUCAGGGAAGAACGGGCAUGGCUGUUGGCUCAAGGGAAAGAGCUCCCCCCGGAGCUUUCACAUCUGGACCCUAAUUCCCCCAUGAGGGAAGAGAAAAAGACCAAGGACCUCUUUGAGUUGGACGAUGAUUUCACUGCCAUGUAUAAAGUUCUAGAUGUGGUAAAGGCUCACAAAGAUUCCUGGCCCUUUUUGGAACCUGUGGAUGAAUCUUAUGCCCCUAAUUAUUACCAGAUUAUUAAGGUCCCCAUGGAUAUUUCAAGUAUGGAGAAGAAACUAAAUGGAGGUUUAUACUGUACCAAGGAGGAAUUUGUAAAUGAUAUGAAGACUAUGUUCAGAAAUUGUCGAAAAUACAAUGGUGAAAGUAGUGAGUAUACCAAGAUGUCUGACAAUUUAGAGAGGUGUUUCCAUCGGGCAAUGAUGAAGCAUUUUCCUGGUGAAGAUGGAGACACAGAUGAAGAAUUUUGGAUUAGAGAGGAUGAAAAGCGGGAGAAGAGACGGAAUCGCGCUGGGCGAAGUGGUGCAAGCCAUGUUUGGACCCGCUCCAGAGAACCUGACGGGCCUGGCAAGAAACAGCAACCUGUGGAGAAUGGAGGGAAGUCACUGCCCCCUGCACGCCGUCGUGCUUCCUCUUCUGGGGACGAUCAGAGCAGCAAUUCAACCCAGCCCCCCCGGGAACUGGGUGCUUCCAAUGGCCAAGGCUUUUCUCGUUCCCUGCAUUAUGGUGGGAUGCCCAGCCAGGCUCCUCUCUUAAAACAGAUGAGGCCAGCAGUACCAGGAGCAUUUGGCCCUCUUCAGGGAUCAGAUCCUGCCAACUUAUAUGGCUCCUCUAGGGUCCCAGAACCACACCCUGGAGAGGCUGUUCAACAGCAUCAACCCUUUCCUAUGCAGCCUCCAGUUGGAAUUAACAACCACCGAGGACCCAGGCUUGGAGCACCUGAAGAGAAGCAAGUGUGUGGGGGGCUGACACACCUUUCUAACAUGGGAUCACAUCCUGGAUCCUUGCAGCUUGGGCAGAUGGGUGGCCCCAGUCAGGAGGGAAAUAUGUAUCCCCCAGCUCAAUUCCAGCCUGGAUUUAUUCCUCCUAGGCCUGGUGGGGCUCUAACCCGACACCCAGACUUCCCUGAAAGCUCUGAAAUUCCUCCCAGCCACAUGUACCGAUCAUACAAGUACCUGAAUCGAGUACACUCUGCUAUCUGGAAUGGAAACCAUGGUGCUACAAACCCAGGACCCUUGGGGCCAGAUGAGAAGCCCCCGCUAGGUCCAGGACCCUCUCACCAGCCUCGUACUCUUGGUCAUAUGAUGGAGUCCCGAGUGAUGAGACCACCUCUUCCUCCAAACCAGUGGACUGAACAAUCAAACUUUCUACCUCAUGGAGUUCCUUCUUCAGGGUAUAUGCGACCACCCUGUAAAUCUACUGGACAUCGAUUACAGCCUCCAGCCACAGUGCAUAGUUCUCUGUAUGGAGCACCCUCCCAGGCUCUGCGGGGGGUCCAAGGAGGGGACUCUAUGAUGGACAGCCCCGAGAUGAUUGCCAUGCAACAGCUUUCCUCCCGUGUUUGCCCACCAGGUGUGCCUUACCACCCCCGACAGCCCACUCCUCCCCAUUUACCUGGCCCUUUUCCACAGGUAGCUCACUCAGCAUCAGUAAGUGUAUCAGCCCCAAAGCCUGCCUUGGGGAACCCUGGGAGGACACAGGAUAACAGUGAAACAAAAGAGCCUGAGAAUGACCGAGCAGAGCCCUUGCCUGGGCUUGAGGACAAACCGUCAAGCAUUGGUGCUUCAGAGGGGGUGUACCUCAAACAACUACCUCACCCUAUACCUCCCCUGCAGACUGACUGUACCAGACAGAGCUCACCCCAAGAAAGGGAAACAGAGGGCCCAGAACUCAAAAGCGACUCUUCAGAAUCUGGAGAAAACUGCAGAGCAACCAAGGCCAAGAACACCUGGCCUUCAGAUAGCAGCUACAGCAGCCCAGUCGCCCAAGGAUGUAUGAGCGACCUCUCUACUGUGGCAGAGAGAGGGGCUGUACCUGAAAAUGGAGUGAUUGGUGAUGCAUCUCCUUGUGGAUCAGAGGGGAAGAGUCUUGGUGGUAGUGGUUCAGAAAAGCCUCUCUGCCCUAGAGGCAAAACAUUGCAGGAAACCAUGCCAUGUACAGGACAGAAUGCAACUACACCUCCCAAUCCAGAUCCCUGUUUAAUGGGAGGCCCUGUAAGCCAGUUUUCUCCACUGUAUAUGCCAAGCCUGGAAUAUCCAAAUUCAGCUGCACAUUACCACAUCAGUCCAGGCCUACAAGGUUUGGGCCCUGUAAUGGGAGGGAAAUCCACAGUAUCACAUCCUCAGCAUUUCCCCCCUAGGGGCUUUCAGUCUAACAACCCUCAUUCUGGCAUCUUUCCCCGAUACCGCCCUCAUCAAGGAAUGAGGUAUUCCUACCAGCCACCACCUCAGCCUUCCUACCAUCUCUAUCAGCGAACUCCUUAUUACGCAUGUCCACAGGGCUUUUCUGACUGGCAGAGACCUCUCCAUCCCCAAGGAAGCCCAAGUGGAACUCCAUUUACUCAGCCUCCCCCACCCAGGCCCCUCUUCUCAGAUAAGAAUGCCAUGGCCAGCCUACAAGGCUGUGAGACACUUCAUGCUGCCUUAACUUCCCCAAACCGGAUGGAUGCAGUAGCUAGUAAGGUUGUCCCAACUGAUGGGCAGAAUCCUGGUCCAGAGGAAGAGAAGCUGGAUGAAUCUAUGGAGAGGCCAGAGAGUCCCAAAGAGUUUCUAGACCUGGACAACCAUAAUGCAGCUACCAAGCGACAAAGUUCACUGUCAGCCAAUGACUACCUAUAUGGAACUCCUCCUCCUCCACCUCUGAAUUCAGGGAUGGGUUUUGGUUCAUCUGCUUUCCCACCCCAUGGUGUGAUGCUACAAACAGGGCCUCCUUAUACACCUCAGCGGCCAGCCAGUCACUUCCAGCCCAGAGCUUAUUCUUCCCCUGUGGCUGCUCACCCACCUCACCAUCCAGUGGCUGCCCAGCCUAAUGGCCUCCCUCAGGAGGGCCCUAUCUACCGCUGCCAGGAAGAAGGCAUGGGUCACUUUCAAGCAGUAAUGAUGGAACAAAUUGGCACUGGAAGUGGGAUAAGGGGACCUUUCCAGGAAAUGUACAGACCAUCAGGAAUGCAUAUUCAUCCUGUCCACUCACAGUCCUCUUUCCCAAAGACCCCAGCACCAGCAGCAUCGCAGGAAGAGCUGCCCCCACAUAAGCCCCCAACACUUCCUCUGGAUCAGAGCUAG